AUGCCCAAAAGCAAGAAAUCAGCCCCCAAAAGAUCAUCUCCUGUCGUCAGUAGCAGUAAUGAUUUGUCUCCGGCUGGAUCAAUCGUAAACAGCGCAUCUCCAAGUUUAAGAGGAGAUGAAACCCCAGUUCUAUCACGAGGAGGUAAAAAGCGUGAACAUGAUGGAGAUGUCAAAGAAGAAGAAUUUGGAUCUGAGAUGAAGAAAUUGUUGGAAUCUUUUGAAGCUGACAUCACAAAAACAAUGGCAAGCAAGCGUAAACGACUGGAAACAUUUACCCAGAAUAAAAUGAAGAACAGCAACAAGAAAGUUGAAGAAAUCUGGAAAGUGCAACAAGGAGAAAGACAGAAAUUAUAUGAUGAAUAUUGCUACCAAGUGAACAAUAUUCUACAGCAGUGGGAGAACGACCUGAGCAAAAGCAAGGAACAAGAAGAAAAAUUCUUAAUCAUAUUCCGGCAACAGCAGAAACUGGUCCAGCAAAACCUAAUAAUUCAGCAACAGAGAAUGAAGACUUUGCGAGAUUUGCAAGAGCAUUUCAAUAAGGGUUUAAAGGAUUUGGAAAAAUGUCAUCAGGAGCAGCAGACGCAUGUUCAGUCAGAACUCCGAAAAGAAAUGGCUUUGUUGCAAAAGAAAAUCUUGAUGGACACUCAACAAAAAGAGAUGGCAAAUGUCCGCAAAUCCUUGCAGUCCAUGCUGUAUUGA